UCUCUACAAGCCUUCUUUUUUCUUGUAACCCCCGCGGUCUCUCUCUCUCUCCAUCUGUCUGUCACGUUAAAGGCUCAAAAGCCCUAACCUCCUCUCCUGAAACCCUCAAAACUCAGAUCUAUCAAAACAAAAGCCCUAGACCAUAGUCCCUCAAGGAAACAUUGUCUGCCUUAAUCUCCAAGCUUGCAGAUAGUACAAGGUUCAAGAUAUUUCAAUUUGAUCAAACCGGAGAGUACUUGAUCACGCCGAAUUGUCAAGCAUCAGUACGAAGUCCUUGCAAACGAGACAUGACGACAGCUGCUCGACCUACAUGGGCACCUGCAAAAGGUGGCCAUGAGCAAGGUGGUACUCGCAUUUUUGGACCUUCUCAGAAGUACUCAUCUAGGGACCUUGCUUCGCACACAACCCUGAAGCCCAGAAAAGAUGGACAGGAUACGCAAGAGGAACUGCAAAAGAGGAACCUUAGGGAGGAGUUGGACGACCGCGAGAGGAGGCAUUUUACUUCUAAAGAUAAGGCUUAUGCUGAAGAUAGAGAUCGCAGAAAAGGAGGAAGUGGAGGCCACCUACUAUUGGAAGGGAGAAGAGAUACUGAGGAUAGGCUUGUUCCACGUAAUGUAGAUGCUGACGAUUCUGAUGUAGAUGCUAAAAGUGAAGAUGAAGAUGAUGAUGAGGAUGAUGAUGAGGAUGAUACUGAGGCUUUGUUGGCAGAACUUGAACGAAUAAAGAAAGAAAGAGCUGAAGAGAAAUUACGGAAGGAGCGGCAAAAGCAAGAAGAGGAGCUAAAAGCCAAAGAGGCAGAACUUAUUAGGGGCAACCCACUACUCAAUUCGACUUCCUUCAAUGUCAAAAGGAGGUGGGAUGAUGAUGUUGUCUUCAAAAAUCAGACCCGUGGGGAAACCAAGACUCCCAAGCGCUUUAUUAAUGACACCAUCAGGAAUGAUUUCCACCGCAAGUUCCUGCAAAAAUAUAUGAAAUAAUCUAUCUUAUUAGAACAUACGUUGUUAGAUUAUUAACUCUCUAAGCAAAACCUUAAAAACUUUGUAUGGGACAUUGUAUAUCAAUUUCAAUUUAUGUAUCUACGGGUUUUUUGAUUUGAUCGAGAAAA